GCGCGUAGUACAAACUACAGAAUUUGCUGUAGAAGUCUUAACUUAGCUAAUCAUUUCGCAUUACAGAUGAGCAUUGCAUGGAUAUCUGAUUUAUUCCUAUGGUUACAUCCGACGGACCGUGAAGUGAAAAGAGUACUGUUCAUUUCACUUGUUUUGGGAUAGAAGAUAAAGUAUUUGGCAUUUCCCGCUUUUUUAUCAGUGAAUAGUUGUUUCAUUCAGUACCCAGUUUCCGCAUUCUUUUGAUUAUGACACUUGGGUAACAAGUUCCGUUGAAGCAAGCUUAUGUUGAAGGAUGAGGCGGUCGGCAGCACCAAGCAGGCUCCAGUCGUUGGCUAAGAGAGCAAAAUAUCAGCCAACUUAUAAAGACGGUGGAAAUUGGCCAUGUGAAGCAAAUACGACAAUAUUGAGACUUGACGUAGCGCAGAAGGAGUUAUCCUCAUCCAAAACCCUAGCAAAUCAUACAGAAAGAAUUUCAUUGCCAAGCUCUCAGAAACCAGCUGCUGGCUUAAGACCUCCUGUUUCUUGUAAAACCAUACCUGUAAAGUCGACCAAACUUCCAGGACAGUUCAGGACACCAUUGGCUGCUGUCAGUAACUCAGUUUCUGCACUGCCCCAGGUAAAUUGAUAUUUUAAUGUCAUGUGGUGUAAGGCAUCGAAAAAGAAGCAUAAAAAGUGGGAAGGAGAUGCUGUCCUUGUUACCCAUGGAAGAACUGCUAUCCUUCAUGACAUGGAUGGCAAAGAGAUUGGGAGAGCUACAGACAAGGCCACGGAGCUCUCCAGUCUCAAGGAGGAUGAAACACUGUUUAUUGGAGGGAAGGAAAAUCCAACAUUUUCCAAACCUUUUAUGAAUCCCUGUAAAGGAGGACCCAAUGGUGUCAGUCAAGUAAGUAGUUCACCAAAUGGUGUCAGUCAAGUCAGUAGUUCACCAAAUGGUGCCAGUCAAGUCAGUAGCUCACCAUAUGGUGUGGUUCAAGUCAGUAGUUCACCAGAUGGUGUCAGUCAAGCCCCUGGGGCACUGGUGAUGCCCAGACCUAGUCCCUCACACCAGUGGGAGUACAACAAGAAGGAGUUACCUGUUGUUGAUGUUGUUGUGGAUCCUUACCUGUCCACCCACCUGCGCCCCCAUCAGAGAGAGGGUGUCAAUUUCCUGUACGAGUGUGUGAUGGGCAUGAGAGGGUACAAGGGUUCAGGGGCCAUACUGGCAGAUGACAUGGGAUUAGGGAAAACUCUACAGUGUAUAGCUAUGUUGUGGACAUUACUCAAACAAGGGCCUUAUGGAGGCAAAGCUGUGAUCAAAAAAGCCAUCAUUAUAACACCUGGCAGUCUUGUGAAGAAUUGGAAGCAGGAGUUUAAGAAAUGGCUGGGAACUGAAAGACUGCAUACAUUUGCCGUUGGUCAGGACAACAGAGUGGAGGAAUUCACCACGACUGUCUGCCCUGUGCUGAUCAUCUCCUAUGAGAUGUUUGUGAGAUCAGCAGAGUUACUCAGCUCGUUGAACUUUGACCUUGUCAUCUGUGAUGAGGGGCACAGACUGAAAAACACCACAAUUAAAACAACAUCAUUAAUAAUGGCCCUACCAGCCAGAAGAAGAGUGGUUUUAACCGGCACUCCUGUCCAGAAUGACCUGCAAGAGUUCUACUCUAUUGUUGAGUUUGUUAAUCCUGGUGUACUGGGUUCGAUGGCUGGAUUCAGAUGCGUGUAUGAGGACCCAAUUGUCAGAGCCCGAGAGCCGUCUGCCACACCUGAGGAAAUAGAGAUCGGUGAGAAACGAGCGAAUGAACUGGCCAGACUCACCAAGCUGUUCACCCUGCGCAGGACUCAAGACAUCAACAACAAGUACCUACUUCCUAAAGUUGACAUCGUGGUGUUCUGCCAGCUCAGUCCCCUUCAGCUCAGACUGUAUCGUAAGCUUCUAGAUAGUCGGCUUAUUCGGUCCUGUCUGAGCAGUACAUACAGUGGGUCACCCCACCUCGUCUGUAUUGCUGCCCUCAAGAAGCUGUGUAACCACCCAGCACUGCUAUACCACAAUGCUGAAGAGGCUGCUGAAAAUGCUGCCUGUGAACUGGAUGAGGAGCUGGUGUCCAUCUAUCAGAACUUGUUGCCCGUUUACCCUGAGACCUUUGACCCUGACCACCCUGAUGUAGAAGACUCUGGGAAACUGUUGACCCUAGCGGCUUUGCUGUGGUCACUGUUCUCUGAGGGACCUAAGGAGAGGGUUGUCCUUGUCUCUAAUCACACCAAGACGUUGGACAUACUACAGGGGUUCUGUACAGAGCAGGGAUACAAAUUCCUCAGGCUAGACGGUCAAACCCCUACAGCGCAGAGACAGGCUAUUGUGCAGCGAUUCAACAACCAAUAUUGUGUUCCUUUUGAGCCCAAAGCUGGUGGAGUGGGUUUGAAUCUGAUAGGUGCAUCUCGACUCAUCCUCUAUGACAUAGACUGGAAUCCAGCCAAUGAUCUUCAAGCUAUGGCCCGAGUGUGGCGGUAUGGGCAAAAGAAGAGAGUGUUUAUUUACAGACUUAUUAAUACAGGCAGCCUAGAGGAGAAGAUCUACCAGAGGCAGAUCAGCAAGCAGGGCCUGAGUGGAGCAGUGGUAGACGUCAAGGAGCGUGGUGAUGUGCAGUUUGCUCAGGAGGAUCUCAGGGACCUAUUUUCUCUCAACGAGAACACCAAAUGUGACACUCAUGACCUGCUGAGCUGUACAUGUGACAGUUCCGAGCCAGGUAAAGACAAACAAGAACAGAUAACCCAGCCUGCGAAUCAGAGGGCAUGUCAGCUGGGACAAGCAAUCAGCUCUAAGAAGAAAAAGCAAAAUCUGACGAUGGAUGAAUUGCUCGACUGGAAACACACAAAUUCACACCCAACAUCUUAUCCACCUGAGUGGCAUUUGGCUGCGGCUGGAGAUACCAUAUCCUAUCUCUUCUGGAAUGAAACUGCUGGCAGAGGCAAACAGACAGCUGAACUCAGUCUGUGAUAGUACCACUGGUUGUGCAUGCUUUGCGAAUGUACAAGCAAG